CUCCGUCCGGGGAGCCGCCCUCCCGCGUGCCGGGCAAGGCAGGUGCCCGAACGCCGGGCGGUGGCGGGGGAGCUGGACCUGGAGCUGGACCUGAGCGGGACUGGACCGAGCCGGGCGCUCUCGGGGUUUCUGGACCCUGCGUGCGGGGUCUUGGCGAGCCGGCCUCGUCCCAGCACCACCUGCUGGGGGCGGUGGGUGGGCGCCAGGGAGGCGCUCGGCUUCCCUCCGUUCCUCUCCAGAGGGGAGUCAAGUACUUGGAAAAGAUGCCUGUUUCUGCUCCGGUCUUGGCUUCUGCGUCUCCGUAACUGUGCCUCAGCAGGGACGUGCGCCUGCCUCACUUGUGACCUAUUCUGACAUCAGCAUGCUUCCCGUCAUGUGGUGCACCUUUCCAGAAAGGAGUAGAGAUCCUGUAUUCUAGGAAAAUACUGGGAUGCUAGAAAUGACGCUAAUAGCAGAGGCUUGUCAACCUGGGCUGUGGACGUUUUGAGGAAGACAGGUCUGCGUUGCUGGGGGCGCUGUUCCCCGCACUGUGGAAUGUUUCGCAGCGUCCCUGGCCUCCACCCGCUAGAUGCGGUAGCCCCACAAUUCAAGUGACAACAACAAAAAAUGUCUUCAGGCAUUGCCAAAUGUGCCCUGGGGGCUAAAAAUCGUCCCGCGUUGAGAAACGUGUCCAGGAAGGCGGCUAUCGUCGCCGUAGCUAGAGCAGCAGGGACGUGGGAGUCAGGACGCCGGCAUUGAAGACAGGCUGUGAAAUAUGCCAAUCGGGGUUCCGUAAACAAAGCUUUGUGAUUCCAUCUGUCUGUGUGUGGAUAAGGGCUGGAGAGGAAUAUGCAGAAAUAAUAAUUAAGGGAUGCCUGGAGAGAAUGAGAAACAGUCGGGACAGGCUCCUGAACAGAUACCGCCAGGCAGGAGGCGGUGUGCCAGGGAGCGCUCAGAGCACCCUUCUGGUGCACGAAGUGAUGGAAGAGGAGUGGAGUGCGUUGCGGUCGGUGGAGGGCCGUCCAGAGGUCUCAGCUCAGUUGGAGGAGCCCGUGGACCUGGCUGUGCUCGAGGAGAUCCAGCAGGAGCUGGCCGACCAAGAGCGGAGCAUCAUCAGCGAGUAUGAGAAGAGCUUGCAGUUCGACGAGCGCUGUCUCAGCAUCAUACUGGCUGAAUGGGAAGCAAACCCCCUCAUCUGUCCUGUGUGCACAAAGUCCAACCUGAGGGUAGCCAACGGCGUGGUCACGUGUCCGUGUGGCCUGUACCUCUCCAAUCACUUUCCGGAGUUGACGGAGCAAAAGCUUCGCGCCUGCAUAGAGGACAGCGUGAACGCGCACAGUGCACACUGUCCCCACACGCCUGAAUUUUCGGUCACACAGGCGACAGGAGAAAGGCCCACUCUUCUCAUGAGCUGCCUGGCUUGUGACACUUGGACCGCGAUCCUCUAGAAUCGGCCCGGACACCUCCCCACUCACUCCGUCGGACAAAGGGCCUUGUAAAUAGAAACGUUUAAUUUAUAACUUAUUUUGUAUUAAAAUUUUCAAACGUC